CAAAAUAAUUCUUCUCCUGAUAAAAUUUGCAUUGUUGAAUCCGCUUUUUCAAAUUUCAUAAUAAUUCCUUUCUAAAUUUUAUUGCGAAAUGCAACUCCUUCCGCGCUCGGUCAAAGGUCACCUCGAGACCGACCUGACCCUGACCGCCAUCAUUUCGCAGAGCGACUCGAGCACUGUUUAUCGAGGGACCCUGAAGGUCGGCUCGGAACUGCUCCAGGUGGCCAUCAAGAGCGCUUCAAACUUGUCAGCCGGGUGGAGGGAAUGCGAAGUCCUGCGCCUGAUCGGGUGCCACCCUAGCGUGGUGCACCUUCUGCAGCCGGUCACCAGCGAUGGCGGCGAGUUUUUCCAGGUCAUGGAAUUGUGCGACUCAAGUUUGGCCCAAAUGCCUGCUCUGGAGGAAAACGUUUUCAAAGUUUUCGUCCAGGAUUUCAUCCAGGCCGUCAAGACUUUGCACCAGAAAAUGAAGUUUGUACAUGGAGCUCUUAGUUUGGACCACCUUUUGCUAAACCAGGACCAAAGGCUGAAAGUUUGCAGCUUUUCGAAAACGGAGGUUUGCCAAAACGUGAACCUGUUGAAGAAGGACCUGCAGGACAUGGCAGUUUCCAUUUUGGAAGCUCCUUCGAAAGAAAGAUUCGGCGAUCUUUCGCCUGAAACUGCCUUUGAAAAUCCCAGGUUUCUUGUGGAUAACCUGGCGAGAAAGUCGACCCUGAGCAGGAAUGACAGCAUUCUGCUCGUCUCCCUGGCCUACCCUUUGCUGACCGGCCUCACUUUGGCCCAAAACCUGGAAAACCACGUUUUCCUCCAGAGUCCUGAAAACGUGCUCAGGUUCAUCGACGGCUGCAAGGACUUCUUGAUGAGCCGCUCUUGUCCCAUGGCCGAGUCGAGACUCGAGUCGACUUCGUAUUCGGUGGUUGGCCCAAACUGGGUGAGUCAGGGUCACCUGGACACGAUGCGCGAAGGUCGUCGCUAUGACGGCUCCAUGAAAGACCUCCUCCGCCUCAUCAGAAACAAGACCGAGCACUACUGCUCCGUGCCAGGGUACAUCAGGCAAUGCCUGGCCCAUCCUUUGGUCGACCCUGGCAGCUUCCUCGGAUACUUCACGGCCCUUUUUCCAGGGCUGAUUCCCUGGACCUGGCACUGCAUGUUCGAGUUCAGGGUCGAGGCCAACCUGCAGGCAUUCUACCCUGAGGACGGGCAGUACCUGACCAGGGUGCCCAUCCAGCAAAUGAUUGGCCGAUAAUUUAAAAUUGCUUUUAAGAGAACAACAGCUUUAAAACAAACACACACUUCAUUUGAACAUUUUUAUUAUUUGAAAUUCUAAAACCUAUUUUGAGAUUUUUACAG